AUGGAUUCCAGAUGUACUCGGUGGAACGAAAACUGCGACGUUUUUAUCCAAUCACUCAUUUCCCUUCUCGGUGCUGUGGAUUAUCCAAACUUCAAUGACUGGGUUGGCAAGCGUGAAUUGCGUGUGCCAAUGAGCUCGCCGGCGGCGGGAGGGAUGCUCAAAAGCUUGCUUAUGCGCAGGCAAUCUUCCCAGGCAUCAGGCAUGGUGCCAUCUCAAGUGUCGAUGGACAAUGACAUUGGCGUCAUGGCUUCAUUUCCAUUGAGCAGUCACGAGGCAGUCUAUGGUGACACUAGCCAAGACGCAAGGAACGAAAUUAUCUUCUCGAUCUAG